CACUGCACACCUACCCUCGAGCAGCAGCAAGCACCUUUUAAGCACCCAACUGCCUGCAGCCCAAGCAACUGUCGCCAUGGCCAGGACAAUGUUGCUCCCGGUGCUCCUCUCCUUCCUCAUCCUGCCCUUCUCAGCCCUGGCCCUGACCCAGGACUUCUGCGUGGCGGACCUGUCCUGCAGCGACACCCCGGCAGGCUACCCUUGCAAGGCGGCCGGCAGCGUCAGCUCAGGCGACUUCUACUACCACGGCCUCGCCGCGGCCGGCAACACAACGAACUUAAUCAAGGCGGCCGUGACUCCGGCUUUCGUGGGCCAGUUCCCGGGCGUGAACGGGCUGGGCAUCUCCGGGGCCCGGCUCGACAUCGCCGUGGGCGGCGUCGUGCCGCUGCACACCCACCCGGCCGCCUCCGAGCUGCUCUUCGUCGUGGAAGGCACCGUGCUGGCGGGCUUCAUCACGUCCUCCUCCAACACCGUCUACACCAAGACGCUCUACAAGGGCGACAUCAUGGUGUUCCCCCAGGGCCUGCUCCACUACCAGUACAACGGGGGCGCCUCAGCGGCCGUGGCCCUCGUCGCCUUCAGCGGGCCUAACCCGGGUCUGCAGAUCACCGACUACGCGCUCUUCGCCAACAACCUGCCGUCGGCCGUCGUGGAGACGGUCACCUUCUUGGACGACGCGCAGGUCAAGAAGCUCAAGGCCGUGCUCGGCGGCAGCGGCUAAUUCUGCUGCUGUUGGGUCGAUCUAUCUCCGCUCGCAUACAAUCCGUGUCACCGGUCGUGUGUCAGAUUAAUUUGCUUGCGCGCCUUUCGUGUGGACGACGUACAUACGUCCGUGAUCUUUUUCUUUUUCUUGUCAAGAUGUGUUUUGUUCAUGUUGAAUUUCAUUUGAAACUGUCAAUAAUUCCUUAGUAGGUGUCAUUGUAAUUUGUUUUUUUUUCGAGAAGGGGAUGAUUUCCGCGGCCUCUGCAUCGAAUCGAUGCACAUAUACGUUUCUAAA